CGUCCUCUCAGCUUCCAUACAGACAGCACCCCCACCUGCCAGAGCUGAGAGUCCCUAGGACCUGCUCUGCCUUGAGUUGGCCUUCAAUCUCUCUGUCUGCAGAAGUCUCCUGGCCCCCAAUGAGAGAAAAGGUGGGUGAAGGUCUCAAGAGCUGAGGGUUAGGGGCAUUGAACUAACACACAGACUUGUGAUCUCUACCCCUGUAAAGCCACCUGCACCUUCCAUGUGGAGCCAAGAUGGGGAAUGGAAAUGAGGACGAUUAUAACUUUGUCUUCAAGGUGGUGCUGAUCGGUGAGUCAGGCGUGGGCAAGACCAAUCUGUUGUCCCGAUUCACACGCAAUGAGUUCAGCCACGACAGCCGCACCACCAUCGGGGUUGAGUUCUCAACCCGCACUGUAAUGCUGGGCACUGCUGCAGUCAAGGCGCAGAUCUGGGACACAGCUGGCCUGGAGCGAUAUCGAGCCAUCACCUCAGCGUACUAUCGUGGAGCAGUGGGGGCCCUCCUGGUGUUUGAUCUAACCAAGCACCAGACAUAUGCGGUAGUAGAACGCUGGCUGAAGGAGCUCUAUGACCAUGCUGAAGCCACUAUUGUUGUUAUGCUGGUGGGGAACAAAAGUGACCUUAGUCAGGCCCGGGAGGUGCCCACUGAGGAGGCCCGAAUGUUUGCAGAAAACAACGGGCUGCUGUUCCUGGAGACCUCAGCCCUGGACUCCACCAAUGUUGAGCUGGCCUUUGAGACUAUCCUCAAAGAGAUCUUUGCGAAGGUGUCCAAGCAGAGGCAAAACAGCACCCGGACCAAUGCAAUCGCCCUGGGCAGUGCCCAAUCUGGGCAGGAGCCUGUCUCUGGGGAGAAAAGGGCCUGUUGCAUCAGCCUCUGAUUUUGACCAUGGUCAACCCUGCUCCUCCAACCUUCUGGUACCUGCCCUCUACAUACUACAGGACAUUUUCCUGACCUUUAGUUCCUUGGUCACAGACACUCAGAGCCCUAGGGUCUUCAUGUCCCACCACACACAUUCAUCAUCUGUCCAUGCCUUCAAAUAAAGCUGU